UUCAAUUUGUAUUAGAUAAAUUUGGUCUUUUUGUAGUAAUCUGAAAGUUUGGUCAGUAGUUGAUUCCUAGAACACUUCUGCUAGGCUUUAUAAAAUCACACGAACAUAGAAGUAAAAGGGGAGGAGGAAAAACACAAGGAAUCAUCACAGAAAAUUAAAGAGAAAACAGUCAAGCAAAUCCCAUAAAACUCAAUCAGUUUUUAAGUGGUCCACUAUCAGCCGAACCCUUCCCCUUUCCUCGCAGACAAUUUAGCCAAGCCAUAACUUUCUCAUACUAUUGCCGACCUCCUCCAUUCUCUACUGCCAUCUCUUCAGUCACUGCCAGUAAAGAACUCCACCACUGUAGUUCAAUCACCACACUGCCAUCUCUAUCUAAACACUAAACUGAAUCUAGCUAGUUAUACUCAGCCUUCUUAUAUCAUCAUUUCAAUGACAUUUUUGCUAUAAAAAACCCACUGGCAGCAGUGGCGGUGUGUGCUGCAGCGACGUUGUGGUGUGUCACAGGAUGAAGAAUUCAGAGAAACAGGCCCAGGCGCUAGCUAUCCUGAACGAAUUCGAGGAAAAGUGUGGGACCUUAAUUUCAAAACUAAAACAGGUGACAGAUGCUAUAACUGUUGAGAUGCAUGCGGGGCUCACAUCAGAAGGUGGUAGCAAGCUCAAGGGGAUUAUCAGCUAUGUGGAUAAUCUCCCCACUGGUGAUAAGAAAGGGUUGUUUGAUGCCCUGGACCUUGGUGGCACAAAUUUUCGUGUCCUACGCGUACAGUUGAGUGGUAAAAAAGGUCGUGUUGUUAGGCAAAAAUUUGAGGAAAUUUCAAUUCCUUCACAUUUGAUGACUGGGUCUUCAGAUGCAUUAUUUGAUUACAUUACUUUAGCCCUUGCAAAAUUUGUUGCUACAAAAAGUGAAGGUUUACAUGUUUCACUUGGUAAACAAAGGGAGCUGGGGUUUACUUUCUCAUUUCCUGUUAGGCAAACAUCGAUAUCAUUAGGGGCUCUUAUAAAAUGGACAAAGGUUUUCUCAAUAGAUGACACAGUUGGUCAAGAUGUUGUAGGAGAAUUAACCAAAGCAAUGGAAAGGGUUGGCCUUGACAUGCGUAUGGCUGCUUUGGUCAAUGAUACAAUUGGUACAUUGGCCGAUGGUAGAUGCAAUAACCCAGAUGUUAUAGCUACAGUGAUAUUGGGUACAGGCACAAAUGUAGCUUAUGUAGAGCGUGCCCCUGCAAUUCCUAAAUGGCACGAUCUUUUACCUAAAUCAGGGAAUAUGGUUAUCAACAUGGAGUGGGGUAACUUUCGAUCUUCACACCUUUCACUAACAGAAUAUGACCAAGCACUGGAUGUUGAGAGUCUAAACCCUGAAGAGCAGAUUUUUUGAAAAAAAUUAUAUCUGGUUAAGAAAGGACCAAGAUCCACGCGUUUUCUAGCUGGCAACCUGAGCGUCAGCCUGUUUUUGACUCACGCUU